GUGUGGUGUGUGUGUGUGUGUGUGUGUGUGUGUGUGUGUGUGAGUGUGUGUGUUUUGACACCAGAAGGCAAUAUUUUUCUGUUGUUGUGAUUAUGUAAGCCCCAUUAGUACCACAUCAGACCCAUUAGAUCCACAUCAGGCCCAUUAGUUCCACAUCAGCCCCAUUAGUUCCACAUCAGCCCCAUUAGUUCCACAUCAGCCCCAUUAGUUCCACAUCAGCCCCAUUAGAUCCACAUCAGGCCCAUUAGUUCCACAUCAGACCCAUUAGUUCCACAUCAGGCCCAUUAGUUCCACAUCAGACCCAUUAGUUCCACAUCAGACCCAUAAGUUCCACAUCAGGCCCAUGAGUUCCACAUCAGACCCAUUAGUUCCACAUCAGGCCCAUGAGUUCCACAUCAGACCCAUUAGUUCCACAUCAGGCCCAUUAGUUCCACAUCAGGCCCAUUAGUUCCACAUCAGACCCAUUAGUUCCACAUCAGACCCAUUAGUUCCACAUCAGACCCAUUAGUUCCACAUCAGACCCAUUAGUUCCACAUCAGACCCAUUAGUUCCACAUCAGACCCAUUAGUUCCACAUCAGGCCCAUUAGUUCCACAUCAGGCCCAUUAGUUCCACAUCAGGCCCAUUAGUUCCACAUCAGGCCCAUUAGUUCCACAUCAGGCCCAUUAGGUCCACAUCAGACCCAUUAGUUCCACAUCAGACACUCCUCUAAUAGGCCAACUGUCUAACUUGUUUUUCAUAGGCCAAAAUCCUAUGUGAAAAAUGAAUGGGUUGAAGGAUGAAAUACAUUUGGAAGCAGAGAUGAAGCUGCCAUUGCUGCACUGCUAUCACACAUGUUACAUCUCUAAGGACAUAGACCUUCAAUCACUAUGAGACAUGGACAACCCAGAUGGUUCCAAUUUACCCCUCUGUUCAUGGACUAACACGGUCCUCUAUCCUGUCCUCCUCUCUCUGGCAGAUCUGGACGCCAUGUUGGGGCCGCAACAGUUCAGGGGCGUGGCCAACUUCAGCACAUUCCUAUUGGACCGUUCGUCUGGCGUUCUCUUCCUGGGUGCGAGAGAUGCCAUACUGGCCGUGGACACCAACAACCUGACACAGCCACCACGCACGAUUGUGUGGGAUGUUCCUGAGGAGAAGAGGAAGUCCUGUGUGGCCAAGGGAAAGACAGAGGGCGACUGUAAUAACUACCUCCGUCUGUUGGAGUUUCUUGGAAACGGGAGGAUAUACGUCUGUGGAACCUAUGCUUUUGACCCGCAGUGUGCCUUCCUGAACAUGUCUUCCUUCUCUUUGGAGCGGGGGGAGAAUGGAGGGGUGAGGAUGGAGACUGGGAAAGGGAAAUGCCCCUUUGAGCCCAGCCAGCACUAUACAGCUGUUAUGGCAGGAGGUAUCUUGUACACGGCCGCCACGAGUAACUUCCUGGGAACGUUGUUCGAUAUCUCCCGGGCAACCGGACAGGAGCAGGAACGUAUCCGCACCGAGAGAUCCAUCAACUGGCUCAGUGACCCAGAGUUUGUGUCGUCGGUGUUCAUACAACAGGAUGAAGACAACAACCCACAGGGCGAAGACAACAAGAUCUACUUCUUCUUUACUGAGGUCGCCAAGGAGUACGACCUCUACACUAAGGUCAAAGUUCCCAGGGUCGCACGUGUCUGCAAGUCUGAUGUAGGCGGUAUGAAGACGUUACAGAGGCGUUGGACCACCUUCCUCAAGGCUCAGUUGGUGUGUGAGGACAGAGCCAGCGGACAGCGUUACAACAUACUGACUGAUGUCUACACAAAACAACACACAUCUGGAGACCCUAGCUCUACACACUUCUAUGGUCUCUUCACAUCUCAGUGGGAGCAUGAGGAGUUGUCAGCGGUGUGUGUCUACAGUCUGGCUGACAUCAGUAAAGUGAUGGACGGACCCUUUAAGGAACUGAAGAAGACCUGUGAGAACUGGAUCAACCCAGAACCAGUACCAACACCUAGACCUGGACAGUGUCUGAACAGUGCUCUGAGAGCGGAGGGCUUCGAGUCUUCUCUCAAGCUGCCGGACAAGGUGUUGACGUUUAUGAGAGACCACCCUCUGAUGGAGAACAACGUGAUCGCAGCGCCUCUACUGGUGAGGAGGGGAAUCACGUACACUAAAGUAGCUGUUACCAGGACGACCACGGGGUCGGACGAUGAUCAGAGAGCCACCGUGUUGCACCUGGGAACAGAUCGUGGGGAGCUCCAUAGAGUACUGGUGGUAGGACACAUCACUACACUACUACAGGAGAUACCUCUCUUCUCUGCACAGGAACCUGUCAACAACAUACUGCUACACAAGGGGCAGGCUCUAGUAGGUACCCCCCUAUCCCUGGCCCGUGUGGGGGCAGAGGGGUGCAGCCUUUACCCCAGCUGUGAGGUGUGUGCCCGGGCCAGACCCCUGGGGUGUGUCUGGCGGGCCAAAGAGGGAGCCUGUGGCCCCGGCAUGACAGAGCCCAUCCAGAGACAGGAGGUUGAAGAUGCUCUGAAGCAGUGUGACAGCGGAGAAGGUCGUUGUUCCCCUGUCCUGCGAGAGCUGCGUGUCUCUGUGGGUCUCCAUGUUCUGCUACCCUGUGUCCAGGUGUCAACACGCCCCUGUACCUGGGAACACCCGCCACACAGACACACCCGUCAACAUCACUCUGACCUGGAGGUCACUGUCACAGAGGAAAGCCUGGGGACAUACACCUGUCUAUGUCAGGAGGGUGGACCAGAGGGUAAGGAGGAGAGUUCUGCCUGUCGCAGAGCCUCCUACCAUCUCACCCUGGAGGGUCCCAGCGCUGGGGGGGCCAUGGCGAUGGCUGGAGGACGUCACCUACUGGCCAUCUACAUGCUCUGCUUCGUCCUGGGCAUCGUCCUCGGAGGCUUCCUUCUCUACUUCCUGUCCCGCCGACGCGUGAUUGGCCAGCGCCACCCAGACCACUCCCUUUCCUCUGAGAAAGGGCAGGACUUACUGGGCUCCUCGGCGACACCGCAGUCACCUAGCAGCGGAAGUUUGCUGUCGGAGGGGUUCCCAUUAACGGAGAAGAGAGGAAAUGGAACACUGCUACUGACACACCACCAUGGCAACGGCAACGGUGGUCACCACGGCAACUACGGCGUCGCUGGCGGCAACGGCGGCUGCGACGGUAACCACGGCCACGACGGCGGCCACGGCAACGCCGGCUACGCCAACAACGCUAACUGUAACGUGCAGACGGCAGCGAGCGCUGUGAAUGGGCUGAAGCUUCACGUUCAGGAGAUGGUGACGGACGAGAGGAGGGGAGGAGAGAGAGAGAGGAGGAGGCCGGAUGGAGGACAGGGGGAUGAGGAGGACGAGGGGCUAGGGGAGGGGUUGGGGGGAAUUGAGGAGGAGUUAGCGGGGUUUGCGUUGUUUAAGUUACCAGCACCAUUAGCCCAGUGUGAGGAGAGUUCAAUCUGAUACACGGUGAUAGAUGCAUGACCAAGAUACACGAGUUGAGAAAAGAGACAUAUAGAUUGUGUCCCAAAGGCCACCCUGGUUCAUGAGCACUGCACUAUAUAGAGAAUAGUGUGCCAUUUGAAAAGAGAGACAUUACUGAGCUCUUCUAUGUCUAUUGCUGAACACAGACUAAACAGGGAUGAAAAGAGAGACAUUACUGAGCUCUUCUCUUGUCUAUUGCUGAACACAGACGAAACAGGGAUGAAAAAGAGAGACAUUACUGAGCUCUUCUCUUGUCUAUUGCUGAACACAGACGAAACAGGGAUAAAAAGAGAGACAUUACUGAGCUCUUCUCUUGUCUAUUGCUGAACACAGACGAAACAGGGAUAAAAAGAGAGAGAAAGGGUGGGAUACGGAGAUAAAUCACUUGUGAUGUUAUACACACACAAAAGCCAUACUCUCUCUCUCUCUCUCUCUCUCUCCCCCCAUCUCUCUCUCUCUCCCCAUCUCUCUCCCUCAUGACCUCUGUCUUUUUUCUCUCAACUACCAAUCCAAGUCACAAAGGGGCCCCAGAGCCACACUGUGCCAAGCCAGACUGCACCGAUACUGGGCAUGAUGUGGCGAGAGGCCGGCUUCUUCCACCAAACCUCCAGCAGAACAGACUGCUAUUAAUGAAGGCUGACGUUACGUUCCAAUAAUCUCUCCUUUCUCCCGAAGUGUGCACACUUUUAGGAAAAAGGUAGAAAAUCAGGACACAGCCCUGAAACUAUGGAUCUGUCUCAGACCUCUCAGAUGGACUGUAAAGUGGCUGAGCGCAGAGGUUAAUUAGAGGUUAGAGGUCAACAGUUCAAAGGUCAUGAUUGAAAAAGAGAGUUCCUAAAUAUAAAGACAUGAACUGGAGAUCCAGACGGAACGUUAAGACAAGAAAAUAAGAAAAUUGGAAUUCCGGAAUUACAUUUUGGAAAAUUCUGGAAUUUUCACACUGGGAACAUUCCUAUUUGGGAAAACUGAGAGGGAUUCUGUUAUGGAAUUUCAGCCUCACCUGAUUGAACACCCGCCAUUUUGUUUCUCUGAGUGAGGGCCUUUUUCCCAAAUACCUACUUUUGACCAGAGCCCUAUAGGUCACAAGUAGUGUACUAUGUAGGAGAUAGGGUGGCAUUAGAGACAAAGCCAGGGGUUUCAAUCAAAACGUCCUGUUUGUUUUUAAUAAUAAUAAUAAUAAUAAUAAUAAAGCCUUUUAAUAUAAUGUAACUAGACGAUGUUGUUUUACAGUUACAGUAGAAGUUGGGGUCGACUCCAUAGAAACAGAAUGUUGUUUUUCACAGUACACAUUUAGAAUUCGUGGUGACUCGAGUCACCCUGGAGAUCCUCGAGUAACCCUGGAGAUCCUCGAGUAACCCUGGAGAUCCUCGAGUCACCCUGGAGAUCCUCGAGUAACCCUGGGGAUCCUCGAGUAACCCUGGGGAUCCUCGAGUAACCUUGGAGAUUCUUGAGUAACCCUGGAGAUUCUCGAGUCACCCUGGGGAUCCUUGAGUAACCGUGGAGAUCCUCGAGUCACCCUGGAGAUCCUCGAGUCACCCUGGGGAUCCUCGAGUCACCCUGGAGAUCCUCGAGUCACCCUGGGAUCCUCGAGUCACCCUGGAGAUCCUCGAGUCACCCUGGAGAUCCUCGAGUAACCCUGGGGAUCCUCGAGUCACCCUGGGGAUCCUCGAGUAACCCUGGGGAUCCUCGAGUCACCCUGGGGAUCCUCGAGUAACCGUGGAGAUCCUCGAGUCACCCUGGAGAUCCUCGAGUAACCAUAUUUUGUCAAUGGUUCAUAUUUACACCUUUGGUUAUUUGAGGGGUUAUUGGAGGAAGCUUUAAUAAACAUGUGUUAAACUCAUUCCACAGAGGAUCGAGUGUCUGAGGGUUUACGCUCCACCCUUGUACUUGAUUGAUGAAUUAAGGUAAUUAAUUAGUAAGGAUCUCCCUUCACCUGGUUGUCCAAGUCUUAAUUGAAAAUGCAUCAUACACUCGGCCCUCCAUGGAAUGAGUUUGACACCCUGGCUUCAAUGGUUCAAUGUAGCAACGGGUUGCUGUAGGAACCGGGAGUGGAGGCGUGACUUAGUAGGGGCGUGGCUUUAACAUCUAUAUUUUUUUGACCACCUGUGAGAGUAAAUGUCAUUCCUGUUCAUCCGUUCUGUUGUAUUGUCAUCACAUGUUACAGUUGAACACUGACAGUUUUGUAGCUUCAAUGAGGCUAACAGAGUUCAUCAACAGCUUUAUGCAAAUCAUCACUUUAUUACUGAAUGGAAUCAGCAAUGUUAGUAUUAGAAGAUGUAAUACACAUAAAUAUUCAAGGAACAUGUUCAUUUACAGUGUACAAACUUUACAUGAUGAACAGGAAUGACAUUUACACUAACGGGUGACCACAAAUAACUAUCUGAAAGUCACGCCUCCAAUAAGCCACGCCUCCAAUCUGAGACUGCCACCUCUACAAUAUAUUAUUAAAAAGGUUAGAAAUGUAUUCUCUCCCGCCACAAAACGUUUGAACCUUUACAUAUGGGUUCCUCAAAGACUCUUUUCAGAGGGGUUCUUUCGGGAAUCUUUUUCAGCUUGAAAGGUUCUUCCAGGCACCUUUAAAUCUAAGAGUGUACAGUGGAGGUUGGGGAGGAGACCAUAGAAGAACAAUGACUAGAAAGGACAUUCCCCAAUCAAAUCAAUGGGUUUGAAAUGGGUGGACCGGCAGCCAUUUAACAAGUGGGAUUCUAUUUCUAUGGCAACAUCGAUGAUGUCACAAUAGCAUAAAACACUGCCGUAGUUUAAUGAUCAUCGGGUUAGAAUAUGUAGAGCCAGGAGUUUCUCCCGACCAAGUUAUCUGCCCAGGAUAAACUCUAGGCCUACUGUUUUACAGGCUCGGACCCAGUGUGCGUCCCAAUAAUACAUACUUUUCUCCUGAACACUCGUUCACUACUCUGCACAAAUGUAAAAACAUUGGAUUGGAGGCAUGGGCUAGUGUGGGUUUCCAUCAUAUUAGUUCUAAGAUAGGACCCAUAGAUUUUCCUGAGCAGAUCAUUUGAUUCAUAGCACCAACAAUGCUGCUUUUAAAAGUGGUGGUUGAGGUGGUUGUGGAGGUGGUCGAAGGCGGUUAACCGCUCAAUCGUAAAAUAUCCUUUAAAAUGCAGAUUGGGAUUUGGAUUCAAUCCCAGUUUAAGAAAAAACUCUGAGCCCCAAGUACGGCAUAUGUUGAACACAGGCCUGUGGCAGUCAGUUAUAGGCACAGCCAUUUGUCAGCUGAUUUUGAGUUGACAAACACUGGCAUCCAAUGGAAUGACUGCAUUUUAAACUACAACCUACCUUUGAAGGUGAAAAGAAACACCAGAAUCCUGAUUUUGAAUUAAGAAUUUGUUUUUUUUCAUUCUUGAGAAUAUUUUUUUGAAAUAAAGCCUAAGUAAUAUAUCUUAUAAUGACAGGCACUAUAGCCACCAUUUUGAAUUAGAGGAGGGGAGUUAUACAAAAAGAAGAAAGAAAGAAAAGAAAGAUAAAUAGCUAACAGGUUAUCUCCAACACUAUCCUCUGAAAAGUCUCUGUGUUUCUGUGUUCCAAAUCACACCCUGUUCCUUUUCUAAUGCACUAGUCUGUGUUCCAAAUCACACCCUGUUCCUUUUCUAAUGCACUAGUCUGUGUUCCAAAUCACACCCUAUUCCUUUUCUAAUGCACUAGUCUGUGUUCCAAAUCACAACCUAUUCCUUUCAUAAUGCACUACUUUUGACCAGGAUCCAUAGGGCAAACUUUGUGCACUAUAAACGGAAUAGGGUGUGAUUUGGAACACACAGUAUGUAUGUAUAGAGAUGAGCAGUGACGCUAUGAUGCCAUGAGCUUGUAUGGCCACUGGGUGGCGACGUCAUCCAGUCUUUCAGUAUCUUCUUCUUCUAGUAGAAUCGGUACACAAUGGUACAUACGUGGCAAUGAUAGAACUCACUACAUUUCUCUCUCUCUCUCUCCAGAAUAUUACCCUCUCUUUGACCUCUACUUUAAAUACGUAUGAUAAAGGUGUACAGUACAGAUAUGUUGGAUUCUAAGUAUGCUUCCCCAAUGUCGCACUAUUCCCUUUAUAGUGCACUAUAUUUGCGCCCUGGUCAAAAGUAGUGAACUAUGUAGGGAAUAGGGUGCUAUUUGGGAUACAAGCCUAAGGAUUUAUCUUUAUAAUUUAUAUACUGUAUGAUGAUUUUAAAAAAGAAGUGUACAUUUGUUUUGAAUACCAGGCUCUAACGUGGUAAACGAACAUCCGGGACAAUCAUAUUAGUAUGAUAUGUAACGUUUGGUUGCAUAAGAAAGAUGGUUACUUAAGGCAAAAACCAAAGGAGGAUGGUUGGGUGGACAUGUAACAGUAUAGCUUCCGUCCCUACCUGGGCUCGAACCAGGGACCAUCGCGCCACAAAAGCCACAGCCCCUGCUGAGCAAGGGGAACAACUACUUCAAGGCCUCAGAGCGAGUGACGUCACCGAUCGAAACGCUAUUAGCGCGCACCACCGCUAACUCGCUAGCCAUUUCACAUCAGGUUACAUACAUAUAAUACAAACAUCUAGCAACCCUAAAGGUGUGUUCUAAUCUCGUCACAGACAACUUUAGCAUUUUAGUUAAUUAGCUACUUUGCAACUACUUAGCAUGUUAGCUAACCCUUCUCCUAACCCUUUAACCUAACUCCUAACGUUAACCCUAUCCCCUAGCCUAGCACCGACAGUAGGUGACGUUAGUGUUAGCCACCUAGCUAACGUUAGCCACAACAAAUUGGAAAUCAUAACAUAUACAUAAUGAACAUUAGUAACAUAUUGUACGAAUUGCAAUUCGUAAACAUGUACAAAAUGGGUGAAGGACACCCACAAAUGAAUACAUACAGUACCAUACCAAUACCAUACCAAGUAUAACAUAUCGUACUAAUUUGAGGGUCCCAGAUUUUUGUUUACAAUGUUUCUUCUAUCCCAGGUUGUGAAUACUAGAGAUUAUUUGUGUGUGUGUGUGUGUGUGUGUGCGUGUGUGUGCAUGCAUGUGUGUGUGUUUGAUUGCAUUGUGAUGCUUUCUGUAAAUUAAAGGCUACUUACAGUACCUCCUAUGGCA